CCCGCCCUCUGCUGACGUCACCGCCGCGGCUCUUAGGAGGAGGCCGGAGCCGAACAAAAUGGCGGCCGCUUUGCCGGACGCGAAGGGGGAUUGAGAGGCCACUGGGUAGAAGACGGGGUGGCUCGGGGGGCGCCCCCAAAACGCAGACAGACCCCCCGGAGGUGGGAGGCGGAGGAGAGGAGGCCUCGGGGGCCUUUUGCGAACCCCGUCCUUUCCCUUCGCCCCUUUUUUCAAACCCUGACUCUGUGGGCCUCUUUUCCCAUUGACUACUUUAGCUCAGGCUCCAGGCCUCUCAGGGAUGCUAGGUCGCGUUUGGGGGCCUCUUUACCCAUUGACUACUUUAGGGCAGGCUUCAGGCCUUCCUUUGACAUGCUACGCCUUCGCUUCUUCUUUUCCUUUUGUGUGUGUUUUUUCUGCCUAAUAUCCUUUACAAACCAAGGCCUUUGAGGGGGGAAAGGCCCAUUUUCCACUAGGCCCCAUCGAUUCCUUUUGGAAAAGGGAAAGAAAGCGGUCUAUCCCCCCCCCCCCCAAAUCUCUUGACUUCCCUUUCAGGCCCCCCAGCUUCAUUCCUCACCUUCUUGUUUAUUUCCAGGGUUGGGCCUCACCUUACUGUCUCCUUGCUGUAAAAGUGAGAAGGAAAAAGCCUUCCCCUUCACUUUCAGACGCCUCUGUUGUCAUUUUUUUCUCCAUUUAAGGGAAGGCUUUGAGGUCCUUGCUUCCAUUGAGGCCUUUAAAGCCCUUUCUUUGCACGUCUUUUUCUUUUCUAGCAGUUCACACCGCUUUCUUCUGACUUUAUUCCUUUCUCAGUCUGUAUUCUCUUCAGGUAAUUCUAUCUUCCCACUUUAUUCCUUUCCAAAUCCACAUUCUCCUCUUUGGAUAUUCUGAGAUAGCUGUUCCUUUCUUCUCACUUUAUUCCUUUCUCAAUCUAUAUUCUUCUCUUUAUUCUUCUCUUCGGGUAAUUCUGAGGUUGUAGUUCUUUUCUUCCCACUUUAUUCCUUUCCAAAUCUAUAUUCUGAAGUUGCUGUUCUUUUCUUUUCACUGUAUGUAUUCUUUUCUCAAUCUAUAGCCUCCUCUUCAGUCUCUAAAUCUAUAUUCUCUUCUUCAGAUAAUUCUCUUCUCUUCUUCAGAUAAUUCUGAGGUUGCCAUUCUUUUCUUCCCAUCUUGUUUAUGCUAUUUAAAUCUAUAUUUAAAUAGAUAUUCUGAGUUAUCUGUUCCUUUCCUCUCACUUUAUUCCUAUCUCUGUCUAUAUUUUCCUCUUCAGAUAAUUCUGAGGUUGCCAUUAUUUUCUUCCCACUUUGUAUAGUCCUUUCUCAAUCUAUAUUCUCUAAGGUUGUCUUUUCUUUUCACUUGAUUUAAAAUAACUAUUGCUUUCCUCUCACUUUAUUUAUUCCUUUCUCAAUCUAUUUUCUUCUCUUCUGAAGUUGCUGUUAUUUUAUUUUCACUUUAUGUAUUUCUUUCUCAAUUUAUAUUCUUUUUUGAUAUUCUGAGAUAGCUAUUCCUUUUCACUUUAUUCUAUUUAAAUCUAUAUUUAAAUAGAUAUUCUGAGGUAGCUAUUUCUUUCUUCCCACUUUAUUUAUUCCCUACUCUUUGGAUAUUCUGAAAUAGCUAUUACUUUUCUCUCACUUUAUCCUUUUUGAAAUCUCUGUUCCCCUUCUUCGGCUUCUUUGAGCUAUUCCUUCACUUUUAUUUAUUCUUUUUCAAAUCUGAUUCCUUAUUUUGCUUUCAAUUCACACACCAUUUGAAUGUCUUCUGAAUAUCUAAUUUCCCCCCUCAAAAAAACAAAACAAAACAGCAAUUUUCUGUUUCUUCUCACAUUGGAUUCCCUUUCAUUCAGUUUGACAUCCUGGGAGUAAUUUCAUCUAAAAAACAGGUGCUUCCAAAUAUUCCCACACUCUUUCUUUCCUUCUAGCGAGUCAUAUUUCCAUCUCAUCCUUUUCUGUUUUGCGUUUUAGGACAUCCCAAGCCCUAAAAGUUUCGUUUAAUCCAUAUUUAUGAUGCUCAACAUCUAAACGGCUUAAAUUACUGCAUUCUUUUGGGCUUCCAUCCUAAUGUUAUCAAGGCAAUUCCCCCAACUUUCUAUUUUAAUGAAACGUUGCUUUGUCUAUUACUCAGUUUCUAGGACAUUCAUUCCUAGCUAGUAUUUUUAUUUUUGAGGGGUUUCCUGAGAGCAAUACCCUGUAUUCUCCGUUGAGAAGCAAUUCCCUGUACUCUUGUUUUUUAAAGUUUCUUUAUUGAGUGCCUUUCUGAUUGCUCUGUGCUUGCGGACUGGCAUUUGCACAGGCCAAAACUGGAUAUUUAAAGCUUGGAAAUACUCGGAAGCAAGUCUGCAGGAAGCCAUCAAGGAUGUCGGACAAUCAGGCCAACAAUCCCCAUCAUCCCACCAACAAUAAUGUCGGGGGACCCCCAGGGAACAACCGAGGGGUCCGUAACCUCAACCAGAACCCACUUAUCAAUGUUCGGGACCGCCUUUUCCAUGCACUCUUCUUCAAGAUGGCCGUGACCUAUGCCCGCCUUUUCCCACCAUCCUUUCGACGCGUAUUUGAGUUCUUUGUUCUCCUCAAGGCUCUGUUUGUGCUCUUCAUCCUGGCCUACAUUCACAUCGCCUUCUCCCGCUCCCCCAUAAACUGCCUGGAACACGUUCGGGACAAGUGGCCCCGGGACGGCAUCCUGAGGGUUGAGAUCCAGCGCAACUCCAGCCGCGCUCCCAUCUUCCUCCAGUUUUGUGAGGACGACCGGUUCCCUGGAAUGGCAGUGGAGCCAGCGACGGCAAUGGAGGAAGAAGAGGAGGAGGAGGAAGAAGAGAUGACCGUGGAGAUGUUCCAGAACAGCUCCAUCAAGUUUGAGCUGGACAUUGAACCGAAGGUCUACCUCAAGCCCUCGCGGCUGAACGGCGCCAAAGUGCUGGCCCCCAACGAAAGCCAGGAGUUCUCUUUCACUGACGAGACGGCUUCUAAAGGUAUGGAGCCCCUCAGCGAGACUGUGUCCGAGUUUGAGAUGCUAGCCAAAGCAGUCUGGCCCCAAGAGGAGUACAUUGUGGAGUAUUCCUUCGAAUACGGCUUCUUGCGCUUGUCCCAAAGCACCCGCCAGCGCCUCAGCAUUCCCGUCAUGGUGGUGACGUUAGAUCCUACCCGAGACCAGUGCUUUGGCGACCGGUUCAGCCGGCUUUUGCUGGAUGAAUUCCUAGGCUACGAUGACAUCCUCAUGUCCAGUGUCAAGGCUUUAGCUGAAAAUGAAGAGAAUAAAGGGUUCCUUCGCAAUGUGGUGUCUGGGGAGCACUACCGCUUCAUCAGCAUGUGGAUGGCCAGGACUUCCUACUUGGCUGCUUUCGUCAUCAUGGUGAUUUUUACCCUCUCAGUCUCCAUGCUGUUGCGAUACUCGCAUCACCAAAUCUUCGUUUUUAUCGUGGACCUGCUGCAAAUGCUGGAAAUGAACAUGACCAUUGCUUUCCCAGCAGCCCCUUUGCUGACGGUCAUUUUGGCCCUCGUAGGCAUGGAAGCCAUAAUGUCAGAGUUCUUCAAUGACACCACCACGGCCUUCUACAUCAUCCUAAUUGUGUGGCUGGCCGACCAGUACGAUGCCAUUUGCUGCCACACCAACACCAGCAAGAGACACUGGCUGAGGUUUUUCUACCUCUACCAUUUUGCCUUCUAUGCUUACCAUUACCGCUUCAAUGGGCAAUACAGCAGUCUUGCGCUGGUCACCUCCUGGCUUUUCAUACAGCAUUCUAUGAUCUACUUCUUCCACCAUUACGAGCUUCCAGCCAUCCUACAGCAAAUCCGGAUCCAGGAGAUGCUGCUCCAGAAUCAGCAAGUAGGGGCUCAGACCACCCUUCAGGACAACCUCAAUAAUAACACGACAGUUGCUUCCAAUGACUUGGCUGGGGCCCGGCCCCAUUUAGACCCUGCCGGUACUGUUGGAGAAGCCUCCGGGGAGGGCCACGCAGCAGCUGCGGUGGCUUCUUUAGGCAGCGACAUGAACUGGGUGGCAGAAACGGCAGCCGUCAUCACCGAAGCCUCCUUCCUCUCCAACCUGAGCGGGUCCUUCCUAGACCCGGGGAUCGAACCGGAUGCGGCGGCUGGUGGUGGCUUACCGGAUAUGGCCGUUGCUGCCAGUGUGAUGACCCGCUUCCUCAUCGGCAGUGACACCUUGGCAGAGGUGGCCUUUGAGGUCCCAUCAAGUGGGGAGGUUUCCCCGGCGGACACGGCGCCACCGACGCCAUCUUUAUCCCCUCCCCAGUUGUUGAGGGAUUCUGUGUUUAGAAGAGCCUCAGAGGACGGACUUGUUGACGGGGAAGCCGAACUCGUCUCCCCCGAAAAUACUUCUUCCAACCCCGAAUCCAAGUUCUCUUCUCUGUAACCGACCCGGAAGACGUUCUCGUCACCCGUUCCUUGCUUUUCCGGGAGAAGAAAGGCCAAGGGACAGCCGGAGUUGUAUUGAGGGAAAUGUGAACAACAAACGAAAGCAAUAGUUGAACAUUGAUUCCCGUGUCCGAACCAAUACCUUCCCAUCCACUAAACAUGGCUUCUCCAAUGUAGUGGCACUUCUUGUUGAUUUUUCCUGAAUUUCAGCCUAUGCUUUUCAGGCUCGAAUGAGAGGAUGAAGUUUUCAUUUGGUUCGGCUCUGAGAAGCGCUGGGAGACCCAGAACGGAGUGAGGAUUAUCGCACGCUUCUCUGUGGCGAAAGGGGGAAUGGGUGGUGGGACGGUGCCAAUCUGGCACUCCCUUUAAUGAAAACUUUUCCUUCUCGAAGUAGGGGGAAAAAAUCACUCGAAGGGGGUGGGAAAAGAGUGCCCAAGCCUUGUUGUUCGGACCGUGCAUCCGCUUCACAAUAAAACGGCCUCUUUUGGA